AUGGCAGGCACAAAAUACGCCUAUGUCAGGGCAUUCGAGCGCCCCGACCCGCUCCUGCCGAAUACCUUCAUCGUAUGCCGCGUGGACGGACACGCCUUCCAUCGCUUUUCGGACAUUCAUGGCUUCGAGAAACCGAACGAUGUGCGCGGCCUGCGCUUAAUGGACACCGCUGCAUACGCUGUAAUGAAUGAAUACAAGGAUAUCGUCCUCGGUUUCGGCGAGUCGGACGAAUACAGCUUCUUACUUCGACGAUCAACGCAGCUAUACAACAGACGCGAAUCCAAGAUCCUCACAACACUCGUCUCCCACUUCACAGCUGCCUACAUAUUCAACUGGCACAAUCAUUUCCCCGAUACACCUCUACAAUACCCGCCAACCUUUGAUGGUCGAAUAGUACUUUACCCUACCUCGCGCGAGGUGCGCGAUUAUUUCUCGUGGCGCCAGGCCGACACGCAUAUAAAUAACCUCUACAACACGGUUUUCUGGGCUCUUGUCAAACAAGGUGGACAGACGACAACUGAAGCACAUGCAACACUCCGAGGAACUGUUUCUAGUCAGAAGCACGAAAUACUCUUCUCCCGUUUCGGCAUCAACUACAAUAACAUUGAGCCUCAGUUUCGUAAAGGAAGCAUCAUCGUACGCGAGGUCAAUCCCGAAGCGAGCGUAGAUCCCCCAUCAUCUUCACCCACAUCAGUUACAACCGCUGCACAGGAAGCAGCACCAGAUGCGCCGAUGGAUGAUGCAUCUGCAGAUCCAAGCUCGAAAUAUCGCUCGGCGAAGAAAAGGCCUAGAUCGACUCUCCGCGUGUUACACGAAGAUCUCAUAGGAGAUGGUUUUUGGGAACAAAGACCCGGGUUAUUGGAUGAUUGACUUGCUUUAUGUAUACAAAAUGCCAGAUAGACUACAAAACGUGUUGAUGCUAGUCAAAAAUGCACUGGGUGGUUAUAAUGAAAUGACAGUUCGUGGUUUGAGUCCUAUGACGCCGCCCCCUCGCCCGUCCCAACCAGUUAGAGUUACACGACACACUGGACACCGUGCGACAACUGGUUCGCGAGGAUAUCCCAUAUUAGCGGUUGCACGCUGCAUUGUCGACCGUACGGCAGUGAAGAGGCAUUCACCGCAGCAAAUAUGUCCACAAGGCGUAAGAGUUGCGUUCAUCGGAGGCGAGAAACAAAUCGGGCACGAGUAUUCGGAUAGAGGUUCCGAAGAGAUAGGAGGCACGGCCAGUGCAUUGGAAGUAGGCGCGAUUGGUGGUGGUGAGGAUGGAGUUUCUAUUUUCACCUCAGUGCCUUCGUCCUCGAUGUUCACGUCUGGCAGCUGGACGAUCACAUCCAGUUCCGACGAUGAAGUAUCUCGCGUUUGAGUCGAUGGCAAGAUCGACCGACCAGCCUCUGCAUUGUUCGCGUUGGCAGUGGUAUUCCGAGAAUUCCUCCGCUUAGUCGCCUUUUUUGCGUUCGUGAUCCGUCUCUUUUUCCUAGGAGGUCGUGUAUCGUCUAAAGCUGGACUAUCGGUGGGAUGUGCGGGAGUGGACAGCGGAACGGGAACAUCUUGCACAGCAGCAUCAAUCUCGUCGUGAAUACUGUAGCCUCUUCGUCGCCUUCUGGAUCGUUGCACCGGCGGGGUAAGCACCCUAUCCAUAAGAGACGGCGGAUUAGACGACCCAGCACUAGUGCUUGCAGGACCGGCAUCACUGUUGGUUCCCGAGGGUCCCUCAAGAGGGAUCGAUACGAACGAAUCGCCUGCUGAAAAAUGAUCCAUUGUACCACUGUCAAAGCUUGAAAGACUUUCGAGACUUGAGAUGCCUUCAGACGGACGCGCACGACUCGAUGAUCGUGAGCUGAGUGUGGAAGAGCGCGAUGCGGACCGCAGAUAACGUGGACCAAGGAGGUGGGAGCCAAGUGUGGUUGGAAGCGGUAGAGGCGCACCGAGAGGGUCUGUCGGAGUUGGUGGUGCAGUGCUGAGAGGCGAGCUGUCCAUGUUGCUGCUUAGUGGCCACCGCCAGGUUGAUUGAGU